AUGCCGUCAAUCGGAACGAGCAGCCAAGCCUCAACGUGGGAAGGGGAACGAGAAGGAGAGCAGGCCAGCGGACACACCAGCACAGGCACCACCAUGCUCUCCUGCUUUCAGUGUCGGGCUCGUAAGGUGAAAUGCGAUCGGUCGAAGCCCGCCUGCGGCCGAUGCGUUCGACUUGGAGAUGAAUGCGUGUUCCCAAACUCGCGACAGAAGCGAAUGACUAAGAAGAAGAAUUCUCAUGCCACAUUGGAGACUCGAUUAGCUCGACUAGAGGACAUAUUUAAACAAAGUGGCCGAGCAGACGCACUACUAGAUGAUCCCGUCUCCCUUGGUGAAGAAGCUGGACUUGAUCUGGACUGGAACCAUGAUGCAACAGACAUCGGCCAGUCGACUUUCUACGGGCCCGGGUCUGAUGGUGGCCCCUUCAUCCAAACGACUGCCAUGCCGCCUCAGGAGGUUCCACCUACGGUAAACGAACUGAUUGGACUUGGUCAGUUUGAGCAGCUUCCGCCCAGCUAUUUGACUGAACGACUAGUUGGUUUGUACUUUGAUGAACUAAACCAAGACGCUCCAAUGUUGCACCGCACACGCUACACGGCAUCUCUACAUCGCCCUGCCCAUAUGCGUCCGCCCAUGUCCUUGCAGUACGCCGUCUUGGCUCUAGCCGCAGCAACACGUCAGGAGUUCGCACACCUCGCAAUGCCGUUUUAUCAACGGUCUAGGCGGUAUGCCGAGGCAGAUGAGAUGAAGGGCCAAGGAGAAUACUUUACCACCAUAGCCCAUACACAAUGUUGGUGCUUGCUAGCGACCUAUGAGUCCCGAAAUCUCCUCUUCUCUCGCGCGUCUGUCAGUCUGUCCAAGAGUGUCCGGAUUGCCCAGAUGCUCGGAUUGCACCGUCUCGAUAGUCCACAGCAGCCAACCGAUCCUCCGCUUCCUCCACCGAGAGACUAUUUUGAGGUUGAGGAACGAAGGAGAACCUGGUGGGCCAUCUUCUGCUCUGAUCGCUUCGUGGGUGGCAUCACAGGCUGGCCCGCCCUAGUCAAUGAGAAGGAUAUUGAGACUCGAUUACCUGCGUCCGACGAGGCCUUCGAGAUGGGCACCAAUGAAGUAACACCCUGUCUCAUAGACGCCCUUCAAGGGAUUAUGGUCUAUUCUCCCUUCGCUGGUAAGGUGCUCACCGCCUAUACGUUCUACAGAACUCUUGAGCACACAUUCCGGUCCUUCCCAAAUGACAACAUCAAGGACAUUGCGAAUGGUCCAUACUGGACUCGACAGCGAAGCAUUGACGCCGACCUAUCCAACAUGAUUCUGUACCUCCCAGAGAGCCUGCGCCUCCCGCAGUGCGGGUGGAACCGGAACGCCAUCGUCGUCAAUGUCGGUAUUCACACCUCAGUUAUUUGCAUACACCGAGCGGCGCUGGCAAAGAUAAGAGAGCUCGGCCUCCCAGCAGACUUGUUUGCAAGCAGCAGGCUUCGGCUUAUACCCUCGGCAGAGCAAAUACUGAACGCUCUCAAGUCGACUGGCGACGUUGAGGGCGCCAUGACUGAUCAUUUCUUGGUGUUUUCUGCAUAUCUUGCAUCAUUGAUAUUUCUAGAAGACUACAUGGAAACCCAAUAUUUGCAGAGCGAGCAGCAUCUCCAAUAUCUUGUUGGUGCAAUGGCUCACGCUGGCGAGAAGGACCCGUUCUCGCGCUCGUUAGCGAUUCAGCUUGCUUUAGGGAUGAGGCAGGUCGGCAUGGACUCGAGCACUCUAGACAGAGUACAACAACUUCCGCCAACAUCGGUAUUAGUACCCAUUCUCGCCAAACGAGACAAGACUUCAUCACACAUCACUUUCUGUUCAAUUCUGCCUACCAAGAUAGAUGACUACUCGAACUCACCAAGUCUGGAAUAG